GCGCGGCGGAGCGCGCAGGCGCGCGGCUCGCGCAGGCCCGGCCGUGGCUCCGGCCCCUUCUCUCUGCCCUGCCACGUACGGCCGGCGGCGGCCGCGGCCGGGCCUGGGCUCGGACGGGGCUGCGCGGGGCGUUCCAGCAGCAGCACCGCGGAGAGGCCACACUUACUGUUUUCUAGCACUGGUGGUGCAUGGCGGCUUAUCCUAACUGUCCAAUAAUCCAGCAUCAGUAAGACACACAAGGUCAACAGGCAACAAAGAAUCCACCAUGAAUGGGCAGCUGGACUUAAGCGGGAAGCUGAUCAUCAAAGCUCAGCUUGGGGAAGAUAUUAGGAGAAUCCCUAUUCACAAUGAAGAUAUCACCUAUGAUGAAUUGGUGCUAAUGAUGCAAAGAGUUUUUAGAGGAAAACUUCUGAGCAAUGAUGAAGUCACAAUAAAAUAUAAAGAUGAAGAUGGAGAUCUUAUAACAAUUUUUGAUAGCUCAGAUCUUUCCUUUGCAAUUCAGUGCAGUAGGAUACUUAAGUUGACAUUGUUUGUGAAUGGACAACCAAGACCUCUAGAGUCUAAUCAGGUGAAAUACCUGCGCCGGGAGCUGAUAGAACUUCGCAAUAAAGUCAAUCGUUUACUGGACUGUUUAGAACCGCCAGCGGAACCAGGGCUUUCCACUAGUCUGCCUGAAAGUGAUGCUGUAGAUGGUAGGGAAGAAAAGGCUGCUGCUGCCGAUGCUAAUGUGAAGCCAUCCACUCAAGUUAUAGCAGCGAGCAUGUCUGCCUUCGACCCGCUGAAGAACCAGGAUGAAAUCAGCAAGAACGUCAUGUCAGCGUUUGGCCUGACGGACGAUCAGGUGUCAGGACCACCCAGUGCCCCUGCAGAAGAGCGAUCGGGAACGCCGGACAGCAUCGCUUCCUCCUCUUCUGCAGCCCACCCCCCUGGUGUGCAGGCACAGCAGCCCCCGUACCCCGGCACGCAGCCACAGACAGGGCAGGUGGAAGGUCAGAUGUAUCAGCAGUACCAACAGCCUGGUUACCCUGCCCAGCAGCCGCAGGCUCAGCCCCAGCAGCAGUACGGCGUGCAGUACCCAGCAGGCUACAGCCAGCAGCAGCCCCCGUCGCAGCAAGCUCAGCAGUUCCCGGCCUACAGCCAGGCGGCCCCGGCCCCGGCCGCCGCCUUCCCGGGGCAGCCGCAGCAGCUGCCGGCACAGCAGCCACCGCAGUACCCCGCGGGCAGCUACCCCGCACAGCCCUACACCACGCAGGCCUCCCAGCCCGCCGCCUACAGCGGCUCCCAGGCGGCGCCGGGCACCUUCCAGCCGCGGCCCGGCUUCACCCCCCCGCCCGGCAGCACCAUGACCCCCCCGCCCAGCGGGCCCAACCCCUACGCCCGCACCCGUCCGCCCUUCGGCCCCCAGGGCUACACCCAGCCCGGACCCGGCUACCGGUAAGGAGGUGCCCCUGCAGCUACCGGUAAGGAGGUGCCCCUGCAGCGGGCAGCUGACACGAGCGAUUCCAUCCCAACAGACUCCAGGAUUUUUAAUUGAGAUUCCAAAACUGUAAUGAGGCGAAACUAUAGCUGUUAAUUAAAAUCUGCUGGGGGAAGGGAAAUGACCAAAUCUUUCCUGCUUUAAAUUGUAUCCGCUUCCUAGUUUAAUUUGGGGCCGGGUGGUUUUUGGGAAACACUACUUAAAUGUCUAUAAAGUGAUUGACAUUCUAGCUUGCCUUGUCUGAAGGAUAUGAAGAUGCUAGUUGGAAGUAUAGCCCACUUACUGGGCUUGUUUUUACUAAUACCAUGAUGUACUAAAUUAGAUUCAUUCUGGAGGUAAAACUAGAUAUGAUGUAUUAUAAAUUGUAAUGCUCACAUGGAAGAACUAAUAAAAACCCUGAAUCUAU